AUGGCUGACAACGGAAUACAGCAACCCACGCAAGCUGAGCUCUUAGCCCAGAUUUCUGAGCUCCAAGCAGAAGUCCGAAGGAUAGCCGAGUUGUCGUCCAACAACCGAACAACAAAACAUGGUGGGGAAGACCCCAAGAGCUCAAACCAGAAUGACACGGAAUCCCAAAAGCUCACCCCGCCAAAAGAGAAGCUGACCAUAGAUAACCCCUUCUCGGAAGACAUCAUGAAAUUUCAAAUGCCAAAAAAUUUCGUCCUGCCUACUGCCCUUGAACCAUAUAAGGGGUUUGGUGAUCCUCGUGUCCAUAUUAGAAAAUUUCAAUCUAUGAUGUUCUUUAAUGGUGCCUCUGAGCCCAUACUUUGUCGAGCUUUUCCUACCUAUUUAGAUGGUUCUGCAUUACUCUGGUUCUCUAAGUUGUCUGCAGGUUUAAUCUCUUCUUUUGAAGAACUGGCGAGAUCCUUCAUUGAUUAUUUCACUGCGUCAAGAAUAUAUGUGCAUGGGACAGACUAUCUGAGCACCAUCAAGCAAGGGCAGCACGAGAGCCUAAAGGAUUACAUGACGCAGUUUGCUGAGGCAACCAUGGAGAUUCCAGAUCUGAGCCCAAAGGUCCACCUACACGCUCUCAAGAGCGGCCUCAGACCUGGCAAGUUCCAAGAGACGAUCACAGUAUCAAAACCAAAGACGUUAGACGAAUUCCAAGAAAAAGCCGCUGGCCAAAUGGAGAUUGAAGAGCUUCGGGAAGCUCGGAAGACAGACAAGCAACAACCGAGAAGGGAAGAAGAAAAGACCUUUAGAUCACAAAGCAGCAAAGAGCUGAAGAAGCCUUUCAAACUUAACCCAAAGUUCGACAACUAUACCCAGUUCAACACAAAGAGGGAAGACAUUAUAAAAGAAAUUCUACACGCCAAGAUGAUCAAACCUCCAAAUAGGGCAGGCAAUUAUCAGGAUCAGAGGUUCGUAGACAGACCAAAUCAUUGCGCCUUCCAUCAAAAAUUCGGCCACACAACAGAUGACUAUGUGGCAGCAAAGGAUCUACUGGAACGGUUGGCAAGACAAGGACUCUUAGACAAAUAUGUUGACGGGAGGAAGAAUAGAGGAGGAAUCAAAACACCGGAGAUUAACUAA